CACUUCCUCUCCUCACAGCAACAACCAUGCCUUUGGUCAACAAAAUCAUCGCCAUUGUCUCCAUCAUAACCCUCUUCACUUCCACCCAAGCCAGAAUCCCAGGCGCGUACACGGGCGGCGCGUGGCAAAGUGCCCAUGCCACAUUCUACGGUGGGAGCGACGCCUCCGGCACAAUGGGCGGCGCGUGUGGCUAUGGCAACUUAUACAGCCAAGGCUACGGCGUAAACACAGCGGCACUGAGCACCGCGCUUUUCAACAAAGGGUUAAGUUGUGGAGCUUGCUUCGAGAUUAAGUGUGCCGAUGACCCCAACUGGUGCCACGCCGGCAGCCCAUCAAUCUUCAUAACCGCCACCAACUUCUGUCCCCCAAACUACGCUCUUCCCAGCGACAAUGGGGGUUGGUGUAACCCUCCACGCCCACACUUCGACCUCGCCAUGCCCAUGUUCCUCAAAAUCGCUGAGUACCGUGCCGGCAUCGUUCCCGUCUCUUUCCGCCGGGUGCCUUGUCGGAAGCAGGGAGGGAUGAGGUUCACAAUCAACGGUUUCCGUUACUUCAACUUGGUUUUGAUCACCAACGUCGCGGGCGCAGGGGAUAUCGUGAGGACGAGCGUUAAAGGGUCGAGGACUGGGUGGAUGAGCAUGAGCCGCAACUGGGGUCAAAAUUGGCAGUCAAACGCUGUUUUGGUUGGUCAGUCAUUGUCUUUCAGGGUCACAGCCAGUGACCGACGCACCUCCACCUCAUGGAACAUUGUUCCCUCCAAUUGGCAAUUUGGCCAAACCUUCUCUGGCAAAAACUUUAGGGUCUAAUUUUGUUUCUUUUUGAAACAAAAUGGAAAUUUUCAUCUCUAUGUAGUUUUGAAUUUACCUUGGGGUGUGGAUAGAAGGGAAACGGCGAGAAGAAAAAGAAAAUGGAGAGAAAAGUAAGUAAAGUACGUUUGUGGUAGUGAUUAGGGAAACUUUUUGACUUUUUUUUCGUCUUUGAUUGUGAAAGUGGGGGGGGUACGACAUUGUCACUUUCUUGUUAUAUGGGUUUUAAGUUUUAUAGAAUUCUAGAAA